UAGAGAGGGCUGGGAAGACAGCAGCCCCACAGGAAAAGGAGCUCAGGUGGUGACCAGGAUUGCAGCAAAGAGACUGAACAUUCUGGAAUGUUUGUCUCUAGAAUGGUCCUGAACUUAAGAGCUAUAAACAGCUUCUCACUCUGGCCUCUGCUGCUCGCACAAGGAAAUAACCAUAAACCUCAGGGAGGGACCAGCCUCCUCGCUGCAUGGGGGCUGGACCUAAACAAACCCGCCUCCUUUGCAACUCCUGGUCCUGGGCUGUCCCAACCAGAGAUCAGAGGAAUUCAUGGAACCAAAGAAACAGACACUGCAAGGGUUAGGGGGUCUAAAGCUAGAUAACGGAGCAAGUUCCCAGAAGAGUUCUCAGGGAGAGGUCAGUUUGAGCAGGGCCUCUACCACGCCCGACCUGAGGGCAGCUGCUGUCCAGUGUGGCCAAAUAAAUAUAGCCUAGUGAGGGACAGUCCUACCUUGACACUCCCUGCUGCUCUCUCAGAAGCUGUCUCCAGUUGUCCACUGGCAGGCUCACUUCCUCUCUGCUAAGCUCCAGGUUGAACUGGGGGCCACAACUCUCUGCAUUUUCCCAGCCAUGGGGCCCAGAAUUGGUGAGGGGCCCCGGAUGCCAGACAGGAGCACGAAGACCACAAUGGGCACAGAAGACAUGCAUGAAAGGAAAGUCAGUGUGGAGCCUCAGGACUCACAUCGGGAUGCACAGCCCCGAAGGAUGUUCCACAACAUCAAGUUCUUUGUCCUAUGUCACAGUCUACUGCAGCUGUCACAGCUCAUGAUCUCUGGCUACCUCAAGAGCUCCAUCUCCACAGUGGAAAAGCGCUUUGGGCUGUCCAGCCAGAUCUCGGGGCUGCUGGCUGCUUUCAAUGAGGUAGGGAAUGUAUCCUUGAUCUUAUUUGUGAGCUACUUUGGCAGCCGAGUGCACAGACCCCGGAUGAUCGGCUGUGGGGCUCUCCUGGUGGCCCUGGCAGGCCUGCUCAUGGCGCUCCCUCACUUCAUCUCAGAACCAUACCACUAUGACCAUGGCAGCUCUGACGACAGGUCACAGGACUUUGAAUCAUCCCUGUGCCUGCCCACAACAACGAUGGCUCCAGCCUCUGCCCUGUCCAAUGGCAGCUGCUCCAGUCGCACAGAAGCCAAGCAUCUGACUAUGGUGGGGAUCAUGUUCGCAGCACAGACCCUGCUUGGCAUCGGUGCUGUGCCCAUCCAGCCUUUUGGGAUCUCCUACAUUGACGACUUUGCCCAUCAUAGCAACUCACCCCUCUACAUUGGGAUCCUGUUUGCAAUAACCACGAUGGGGCCUGGCCUGGCCUAUGGGCUGGGUAGCCUCAUGCUACGCCUUUAUGUGGACAUUGACCGGAUGCCAGAAGGAGGCAUCAACUUGACUACAAAAGACCCCAGAUGGGUGGGCGCCUGGUGGCUGGGCUUCCUCAUCUCUGCAGGACUGGUGGUCCUGGCUUCCAGCCCCUACUUCUUCUUCCCCAGAGAGAUGCCCAAGGAGAAGCAUGAGUUUCACUUCAGGCGGAAGGUCUUGGCAAGUGCGGCCUCGACUGGCAGCAAGGGUAAGGACCUCUCCUCCCAGCAUGAGCCUUUAAAGAAACAGGCUGGAAUGGCCCAGAUUGCCCCGGACUUGACUUUGGUCCAGUUUAUCAAAGUCUUCCCUAGGGUGCUGCUGCGGAUGCUGCGCCACCCCAUCUUCUUGCUGGUAGUCCUGUCCCAGGUGUGCACCUCAUCCAUGGUAGCGGGCAUGGCCACCUUCCUGCCUAAGUUCCUGGAACGCCAGUUUUCCAUCACAGCCUCCUUUGCCAACAUGCUCCUCGGCUGCCUCACUAUCCCCCUGGUCAUCCUGGGCAUCGUGGUGGGAGGUGUCUUAGUCAAGCGCCUCCACCUGAGCCCCGUGCAGUGCAGUGCCCUCUGCCUCCUCGGCUCGCUCUUGUGUCUGGUCUUCAGCGUGCCGCUCUUCUUCAUUGGCUGCUCGACCCAUCACAUUGCAGGCAUCACGCAGGACCUGGGUGCCCAGCCAGGGCCAAGCCUGUUUCCUGGCUGCUCAGAGCCCUGUUCCUGCCAAUCAGAUGACUUUAACCCUGUUUGUGAUACCAGUGCCUAUGUGGAGUACACCACACCCUGCCGUGCAGGCUGCACCGGUCGUGUGGUCCAGGAGGCUCUGGGCAAAAGCCAGGUCUUCUACACCAACUGCAGCUGUGUGGCAGGGAAUGGCACCGUCCCUGCAGGUUCCUGUGAGUCAGCCUGCAGCCGCCUGGUGCUGCCCUUCAUUGUCCUGUUCAGCCUGGGGGCGACACUGGCCAGCAUCACCCACACACCUUCCUUCAUGCUCAUCCUGAGAGGUGUGAAGAAAGAAGAUAAGACCCUGGCAGUGGGAAUGCAGUUCAUGCUCCUGAGAGUGCUGGCCUGGAUGCCCAGCCCUGUGAUCCAUGGCAGUGCCAUCGAUACCACCUGUGUGCACUGGGCCCUGACUUGUGGGCGGCAAGCCGUCUGCCGCUACUACGACCAUGACCUGCUCCGAAACCGAUUCAUAGGCCUCCAGUUCUUCUUCAAAAGCGGAUCCCUGCUGUGCUUUGCCUUAGUUUUGGCCAUCUUGAGGCAGCAGAGCAGAGAGGCCAGCACCAAGGCUACUGUAAAGAGCUCGGAACUACAACAGCUGUAAGCAUCAGGACCAGAGAAGAAGCCUAAGGAUUCCAGGAGGUUGACAGCCCCAGCCCCACCCUGACCAGGAGCAGCAUCCUCUGAGCGUUUGCCAAUGACAGGCAAAUCAGCACCCACGGGUGACAGAAGCACCACAGCCCAGUGCCUGAGGGUCCUCUACUAAAUUGUGAAGUGACUUUGAACACAUUUCUGACCUUGCUUGCUCUUUGGAACCAAGGAAUCACUGUGUUGGCCAUUUCUCGAGCAAGAGGGCCAUCCCCAUUCCUCCCCGCAGCCAGAUGGACAACCUGGAACCCAGCUUCAGUUGCGGGGAGGAGCUGUACAGCAUCUCUCUCCCCUGAUUCUAGAACAGGGAGUUAGGCCGACUAGAUCAUGCUGCGCUCCACACAGUGCCUCAGUCCGGCUCUGCCACUUCUGGAGACUUUCUCCGUGCUUAAGUAGGAGAGGAGUCCAGCUCUCAGGCUCCAGCUGUGCACAUCUGUGCAGUCAAGGUAGGUGCAGGCCUCCUUCCCAAGCCCCGGCGGCCUUCAAGUGUCUAUUUGGCGCCCCCUGGAGGCAGAGUUCAGAGAGAAGAUUAAGGAGCUCUCCAAAUGCAGGAGGGAGCUUGACACUAUAUUUGAUUGACGUGUGGGGGUGGGAACCUUAGCUGGAGUAGAAGAGGGGUUCUUUGAUUCAGAAUGUCGCAGCUUUUGUCAUCAGGGAGCCACAGUUAGGAAAGGGAGGUUUAUCCUUUCUUUCAGAGACCUUGUAACUUCAGAGACCACUUUAUAUCGGGACCUGCUCCUACUAAAUGUGUAUUGUCAAGAUCUCGCACAUUUGACCAGGGACCAUCAAAGUCACUGUAGCUUUUGGGAAUAGAAACCUAGUUCACAUCCCCGGGACUUUGUAACUAAUACCUGAUACUGUCAUAGCCAAGUCAGGGGUGACGUCUGGUUCUCUGAGGUCUCUGGAGCAAUGUAAGGUCUCAGGGCAGUGAAGAGCAAAGCCAAGCUCUGCACUGUGCAGCAUCCUUGGAUCAGAUCCCUGGAACCCCCAAUUCUUUUCCAAGUCAGGCCUUGUCCUGCUUUCUGGCUAGGCUCAUCUGACCUAGUUGCUUCCAGGCAGCAGAAGAGAAAGCCCCGAUCUGCUCUCACCCUGGCCUGUUAAUGCUACACACCCCACCUGUGUGGCUAGGAGCUACCAGCAGCCUCCCUACCUGUGUGCCAGCUCGUAGCCUUAGCUGGGGUACUUGUUCCCAGUGCAGAAGAAGGGACUAUAGAAGUCUCAUUCCUGUCAGGCAUGGUGGCACGCAUCUAUGACCGAGCAUUUAGAGACUAGAUCAGACGUUCAGUACAAUGUGAGUAUAAUCACUCAGCUCCGUCGUGAGUUUGAGUCUAACCUGGACUACAUGAGAAUGUCACCACAAAGAAUAGAGAGAAGGAAAGAGGAGAAGAGGAGGAGGAGGACAAAGAGAUGAGCCUGGUUGCCGAAUUUCCCACAGUUGAGUGUUUACCAGUGCCUGAGCCUACACUAAUCAGUGCCAAGAAUCUUGAAGUCACUUUCACCAAGACAAGUCUGUUAGCGGAUUUCCAUUCUGUCUAUUUUCCUGCUUCCCAGGUUGUACAGGAAUAGCCUGGCCGUAUACAUACAGCUGAUUAUUAAAUUUGUCUCUGCAUAAUGACUCUUCCACAACAAAAAUUUAUCCUUCUAAACCGCAUUAGAGGUUUGCGUCAGCCACAUCGCUUCCAGUUAUUUAGACUUCAGCCUCACCGGGUUAAUCCACUCUGGCAUCUUGCAUUGUCUUCUGCCUUUAUAUUCCGGUCUAAUUUUCCCUCUGACUAGCUUAUUUCCUCUAGUAAUGGUUUCAAAAAUGGAAUGCAGUCACGGGGCUGUGUGAGUCCUCACCUGUCUCAGUUGUCACUCACAUUUUACAGAAGAGAAACUGCCUCAGAAAGGUUGAGUGGCUUGCUUGGGACUAUAAUAAUACUAUAUAUAUAUAUAUAUAUAUAUAUAUAUACAAACAUACACAUACACACACCCCCACACACUCAAUGGUGGGUCCAGAGCUGGAUCCACAUCUGUGGAAAGCGAGGCUAACACAUCUCACCAGUUCUCCUUAUGAAAAACAAGUACAGAAUAUUGAGUGCAGGUUAAAUAUGUAAACCACUUUCAUCAAAACACCUGAGACCAGGGUAUUUUGGACUUGAGAUAUUUUCAUAUUUUGAGGUAUUUGUAUCAUAAUCAUGAUUUCUCUCGGGGAUGAGACUCUAUAAUCUAAAUACAGUUCAUCUGGGUUCCAUACACACCUUA